AUAGGUAUACCAUUGAAAUGCCUGAAAUUACGACAAGCUGAUGUGUGUUUUACAACAAAUCAUUCAAAGUUAGUUGUUUUCUGAAGAUCGUCCAUCUCAUUAAUACCAUUCUAAGAAGAAGGAACCAGGACGGAAGUUAGAAAUAUAAGUUGACUUGUACUCUUCACCUCAGUGCAAACCUGUGCAACUGAAGCAAGUAGUUGGUGGUGGGGGGGAUAUUUUCACUGCCAGAUCUUCACAGAUAUGUCAUAGCUUUGCUUAGACUGCCUCAAUGGAGAGCUCAUCCUACAAAUCCCAGAGUGACGAUUUGGCAUCUAAUGGAAAUAUUUCGAACUAUAACUCCACUAAAAUUGAAUAUGUGAAGUCAAGAAAUAAUGAAGUUGGACCACUGAUUCUGUACGGGAUAUUUUCUGUUUUUGGAACUACAAUUAAUAUCUUUGAAAUUAGUUCUUUAGUAGUUCAAGAAACGCUCUGCAAACGUGGAAAUAUUCUUCUAGUGAAUCAAGCACUAGCUAAUUUGCUUAUUAGUGCACUUUUAUUUCCAGUCAUGUGUGUCGCCAUACUGGCAGGGUUACAAAAAGAAGACUUUGUUUGUCAGUGGGAGUGGCACACAGCACUUGUUUGUUUCCUGGUCACUGUGAUGAAUUACUUGUGCAUUUCUGUAGAGAACUAUUUACGGACUUGCAGGAAAGAAAACCAUUUCUACGAUACUUGCUGUGGAGUCCAGUUACUGCUUUCUCUCAUAUUGGGCACUUGGGCUGCUGCCGUCUCUUGUGUAACUACAUUAGUUAUUUUGCAAAAAGGGCCGAAUCUUUGUCAGAAAACAUUUGAAAACAGCACCAUGCUUUUUGUGUUUUUCGUGCCUGUAUUUCUAACUUGUGCAGUUUUUGCUAAAGCUGUCUAUGAACAACGGAGUAUCACACACUCAUUAUCACAGCAGAAUAGCUUGGGAAGCCGUGACGAAACAUUGCAACGUCAUCUACUUAACAGCAAUGUUAUAGCCUUUACUUUAUUCUUAUGCUUUUGGCUCCCGUUUCUUAUCUCGCUCACCCUCCAUUCUACCACCGCAAUACCUUCAGUCACUACUAUUCACCAACUUUUCACUCUUGCUCAGAUUUACAGCUGUGUUUGUGGCAUGAUGUAUGCGUUUACACAUGAUUCAUUUCGACAAGGUUAUAUGUAUUUAAUCAGAUAUUUGUGUUGUAAAACUCGUGGGGAAUUGUCAAAGAUCAUGACUUCAGAAAAUAAACGAGGGGCAGUACGCGUGCACAUUGGCAUGGAGACGAGGGUAGGGGAUCGAAGUCGAAAGUUCAGUCGGAUUUCUUCUGCUUUAUCACAUUAUGAGACUAAUAAUACAAAAUGUGAAGAAUUUUUGUGAACCGAGAACACCGUUUUUUUUUUGCGUUUUAACCAAGUAGAGGAAUUACUAAAAGUUGUUCCUUGCUUUGCUUGGAUCUGUUCUUGUUCGUCUAAUAUUUAGUCUACACUAAAUCUAAAUACUCAAGCGCCAAACAGAAAAAAAAAGAAAAAAAGAUAAGUCUCGUUUCCAUCAAAGAUAAAGAAUGACUCAAUUAUUUCAACAUAUUCUUGAUGUAAUUUAACCUUGCUACAGUUUUAUCAUAUUUCCAGCUUCUAUAAAUAAGAUAAUUAAGUGUCUCUAAAGCAAAAAAGCAACGUUAACAAUAUUUAACACAAGUAAUAUAAAACACUGAGUUAGAAUCUCAAUUCGUUUGUUAGAUGUUCUAGAGCACUCUUUAUUGCAAAACUAGUCUACUAACACAGCUGUUACAGUGUGCAUUUCAACCAAUCAAAGUCAAGCACACAUUCUUCCCCCCAGUCACAUGCCGUCAGCUGUUACAGUGUGCAUUCCAACCAACCAAAGUGGAGCACACACCCUCCCCCCCCCAGUCACAUGCCGUGACUCAAGGAGGCUAAUCUCUGAACACAGUAACCCAAAUAAUUAUUAAGCAAAAAGGAUAUCGCCAUUCAUGAGUAAUUAAUUACAGGUUAAUUAAUUUCAACGCAUUCCAACUCUUGUAGAUAGAGAUGGAUUAUUCAGAUCAAACCAAAGUAAUUUAUUUUUAAUUCUGAAGUUACGUAGAAAAGUAAAGGUUGACGCUAUGAUUUGACUAUAUCAAGGAGUAUCCAACAGUUCGCAAAAUACAGCUCAACUAAAUGAAAUGAAAUAAAAGUCGAUACCCUAGGUCAGGGCUUUUAGGCUCAAUUUUCCCAAGCCUUAACUGACACACAAUGUUCAAGGCAAAAUGUAAGCUGGGUAGUACCCUCUCCCCCCCCAAAAAAAAACAAACAAAAUAAAUCAGCAAACAUGCAUCGCGUUCAAAUAGUUUGUUUGUAAUUAAACACAAAGCUACACAAUGGGCUAUCUGUGCUCUGC